UCCUCAACAUCGGACGGGCGACAGAACAGACAGGUCGAGCCCACCGCCUGCAUCACAUCCACGCUUCCACCUGAGCCGAUGACUGGAGCGAGACCGCGUGAUGUGAACUGGUGAGAGCACUGGGGCCAUUAACAUUACUCGCUCCUUCUCCGACUGAAAGGAGAAGCGCGUAGAGGUUUAUCUGCGGUACAGUAGCCUACAGUAUCAUUGAGCCACACUGGGAGACUGCUCGAGCUAAUGAGAUUGAUAAACUAGCUUUGGUAGUGUGCGGUCGGAAGCGCAGUAGAAAAAAACAAAACAAAAAACCCAAAACGCUGCUCUUCAUAUUUGACUGAAAUGAUCGUGGAGAUGAAACAUCAUGCCUGCGCCUGAGAGAUGACCAUCCUGGGCUGAGUUGCGUCCUGCGAACUGCAGCACCAAACCAUCUGCUCGAGCCUUCUUGUCUUGACUCAUGUUUGAGAUGGUGAGUCACGCCCUCUCUCUCGUGGAUCGUCUCUGUGAAUAGCCGAAUGCACAAAGGUGAAAGGAACUCAGCUCAGCUGGUAAAUAAAACCCUCUUCCUUCUGCACAGCGUGGGAGAAAGUGCCACAGCGGUGCUGGUGUGGCAUCUCUGUAGGCUGAUAACUGGAGUGAAAGCCGUGUUGAGCGAUCAUCUUUCACUCUGAGCCACUCACCUUUCAUGCCGUGGCCCCCGGAGCCGGUUCUCAGGGCUGGACUGUCAGCGGGAACGCAGAGAGACUCUCACGUGGACACGAUCUGCAGAGCUGCACAGUUCACAGGUGUAAAGCAUCUUUCAUGAGACUGGACAGGCAUACAUGGGAGAAAAAGCAUGCUAUUGUUUGGAUCACCUUUACACAGGAUUAAGACACUUUAACUGACUUUUUCUUCGUAUUUGUUGGUGCCCUGUGGGGCUGUUUGGUGGGAGCAGGGAGAGCUGGUGUUGAUCUCUCUGCUUUAUGAGUUUUCAUCACUGGGAGAGUGCGUCUGAGUGGCAGGGGGAGUCAGCAUGGCCAAGGCUCUGCUGAAAAUACAGCGCUAUUUCCGCAGGAAACCUGUCCGGUUCUUUUCCCUCAUCCUCCUCUACCUGACCGCCGGGAGCCUCGUCUUCCUGCACUCUGGCUUUGUCGGGGACAACGGCCCCGGUGGCCGAGGGAGCCGGGACUCUGUGGCUGUUGCAGAGAUGGGCAGCCGGACUUCAUCGUCAGAUUCUCGGGGACUUGGCAUCAUGAGUAGAGUGUUUAAGGAAACACGCAGGUCUGGCCGGAGAUAUGGCCCCCCGUGGAUGAAAAAGACCAGACAGGAGGUCCAGGAGACGGAGGGCAAGGGAGGAGACUACACCAGCAACUGGAACCGUGCACUUAAAGGACGCAAUGCCAAAGACAUGGACGAUGGAAGAGCAAAGUACAUCGGAUGCUACGCUGAUGACACACAGAAAAGAGCGCUGAGAGGAGUUUCCUUUUUUGACUACAAAAAAAUGACUGUAUUCCGUUGCCAGGACAACUGUGCAGAAAGAGGAUACAUGUAUGCAGGCCUGGAGUUUGGAGCCGAGUGCUACUGUGGUCACAAGAUCCAGGCGCCCAACACUUCAGAGAGCGAAUGCAACAUGGAGUGUAAAGGAGAGAAGAGCAACCUGUGUGGAGGAGCCAACAGACUGUCCAUCUAUAGGCUGGAGCUGAGCCAGGAGUCAGCGCGACGCUAUGGCAGCGCAAUUUUCAAGGGGUGUUUCCAUCGGCCGGAAAACGUCACACUGGCACUUCCUUUCAGCACAGUCAUCCAGAACAUGUCUGUGGAAAAGUGUGUGGACAUGUGCACAGAGAGGGAGAAAUCGCUGGCCGUCCUGGCUGGAGAUCGAUGUUACUGUGGCUUCCCGACACCUCUUUUCUCCCUUCAUGAGCUGGAGGAUGAGGACAUGUGUCUCCACCGCUGCCAUGGGGAAGAGUUCGAGAGCUGCGGGAAUGAUGAGUACUUUGUUGUGUACCAGACGCAGGUUCAAGAUAACCGCUGCAUGGACCGACACUUCCUCCCCACUCGUGCUAAGCAGCUGGUGGCCCUCGCCAGUUUCCCCGGGGCUGGCAACACCUGGGCUCGCCACCUCAUAGAGCUCGCUACUGGCUUCUACACUGGCAGCUAUUACUUUGAUGGCUCCCUUUACAAUAAAGGAUUUAAAGGGGAGCGGGACCACUGGCGGAGUGGGAGGACCAUCUGCAUUAAGACACAUGAGAGCGGAAGGAAGGAGAUUGAAUCCUUUGACUCCAGCAUCCUCAUGAUCCGAAACCCCUACAAAGCCCUCAUGGCAGAAUUUAACAGAAAAUACGGCGGCCACAUCGGGUUUGCCUCCCAGGCCCACUGGAGAGGGAAAGAGUGGCCCGAAUUUGUGAAGAACUAUGCCCCUUGGUGGGCGUCCCACACGUUGGACUGGUUGAACUAUGGGAAGAAAGUCCACGUGGUCCACUUUGAGGACCUGAAGAGGGACCUGUUCUCACAACUCAAGGGGAUGGUUCAGUUUCUGGGUUUGAAGGUUUCUGAGGACCGCCUGCUCUGUGUUGAGGGCCAGAAAGAUGGAAACUUCAAGCGAUCUGGGCUGCGAAAACUUGAAUAUGACCCGUAUACGAGCGAAAUGCGAGCAAAUAUCGAUGAACUGAUCAGAACAGUAGACACUGCUUUGAAGAAAAGGAACAUGUCUGGAGUUCCAGAGGAUUAUAUGCCAAGAUGAUACAUGUGAAUCCCUUAUUUCCUGUUGUCUCCUCACUUAAUUGGACUGUUCUGUUAACAGGUUUUGCACCAUGUUUUGUAGGGUCACAUGACUUAAAUAGUUUUUUCAAUUAUUUUUCUGUGAAGUCUUAUAGGUUCAAGCUGUAGUGAGAGGAAGUCUUUAGUGUCUUAGUUUCAUUUUUAUUCAUCAAUGUAUUUUUCAUUUUCUGAACCUCAGCAACUUCAUGCAUUAAUAGAAGAGACAGGUUUAACUGAGGAGGUUUGUUUUUCUCUUUGGCUAAACGAAAAGAAUGAAAAGCACUUGUUAUCCUGCUCUAUGCACAUGUGCUGUGUAGGCAUGUGCACAUGCCUUAACAUAAAGACGGUACAAUAGCUGUGACUACAGAGAUCUGACUGUGCUGGGUAAUUUGUUGCCAGUGAAAAAAACAUUUUGACCCACAAUAUAUAAUACAGUACUGCAAAAUGUGUUGUAUGAGCUUAUUUUGUGCAGAGGAGAAACUGUUAUGAGAAAUCAAAACAUUAAAUUUUCUGCUGCUAUCACAAUUACAGAAUAAUACCAUUUUAUAUAUGAACUUCACUGAAAGCUUAAAAACUUUUAGCCCUUUGUCAGAGGGGAAAAAAUGCAAUAUGCAGGCUUUAACUACCUGAUAAUGAUACUGUGUGUUUUCCAAGUUUUUGUAAGUUAUUCAACUUACUGUAUGUAAGAGAAAUCAUGUUUUUGACGAUGAAGAGGUAAAGAACUCAAUUCUCAGCUCCUCGUAUUCAAGAAGACGACUACUCCCUCUUGAAGGCACUGACUCAAGGAGAGAAGAGGAUUUAUCUCUACAGCAUUUAUUUAUCUCUGGUGUGCAGCGCACAUGUUGACUAAUUUGGUUGUGAAUAUGUUUUCUUAACACUGGACUUGAUGCAGAAAUCCAAAAAAGCACUUUUCUGUGCAACACUUGCCCCAAAGAUCACUGAGGAAUUAGGCAUUAUACUCAUGUUAUAUACUGGGAGCUACCUUUAGUAGAAGUGACCGUUAUAGAUUUAUUUUAAGUUAAUCAUUCUGAAUGUGAAAAAUUUUUUUCUUUGUUGUAAGAUGAGCUAUGAAACAGUUAAAGCUGAUGAUAAUUUUACUCUUCAUGAUU